AAACAUGGCUCGAGAGUCUGGUAGAAUAAAAGAUGCAUUUCAAAAGAGAGUCCUCGAUGAUGUUGCACGUAAACGUAGGCAAAAGAAGGCCCUGGAAGCAUUGGAGCAGGAUAAUUUUCAUGAUGAUCCACACGCUGAUUUAGUGAUGAGCAAGAAAGUACCUAAAUUUCAAGAGACACUAGACAAUAGAGGUGGCAAUAGAAAAAAGAAAACCCGCUCUGCAGAAUAUUACAAGCAACGCUUUCGCAAAACUUUUGUUCAGCUUGUCGAAGAAGAUCUUAAUAUUAAUCCUAAUCCUCCUAAUUAUACCUGUGCUCAGGCACCACCAUCUCGAUUUCCUGAGCGGCAUUUUUGCGCAGUAUGUGGUUUUCCCAGUAAUUACACAUGCAUACCUUGCGGUGCUAGAUAUUGUUGCAUAAAGUGUCUAGGUACUCAUUUAGAUACGAGAUGUAUGAAAUGGACAGUUUAAGAAGUAACACAAUUUUAUUUUGGAAUAAAAUCAAUGCACUUUUCAAAAUC